AUGCCGCCGGGCCUGGCCGGGAUCCCGUGGUGGCCCAGGGGCGGCGCCUCGCGCGGCGCCGCACGGGCGCAGCCCCGGCGCGCGCCGCCGGCGCUGCUGCCGUUGCCGCUGCCGCUGCUGCUGCUCUGCGGCGCCGCGGCGAUCGACGUGUCGUCCGACGGCGGUGCGGCGGCGAGGCCGGCGAGUUUCUGGCGGAUCGUCAACACGGAGGAGGUAGAGAUCGCCUGGAGGGUGCGUUCGCUCCAGUUCUUCUCGGACGACGGGUGCACCAAGCCGGUCAUGGCACUGGCAAACGAGGAACGGGCAUUGCUUUCGGAACGAAGGCCGCAGACAUGA